GUUGUGACUGUGACAAACGGAGGAGGAAUAGGCAGGACAAAUGAUGCGGUUUGGGUGCCCAAUGGUAGGAAAAGUGAGAGUUUAAAUCAGAUGGGCGUAUAAAAGCUCUGACGUAGAAGUGCAGGGCAGAAGGUUGUAACCUUUGUAAUCCCAGAGUUUAUCUAGAGAUUAUUUUUGUGUGAGGAAUAAGCGGAUCUGUGUGUUGUGUAAAGGAACUGGCCGGUAUCCUCUAUGUGCACUGACUUUUGAUGAUGGGGAAGAAGCAAGUGGCACUGCCACGUGCCCUGCCUCCAAUGCCAAGUACAAGUAUUGAUGAAAUUCCUCACAGCCGGCCAAAGAAAAAGAAGACAAAGUCAAACAACAACACGCCUGAUGACGUUUUGCAGAAUGCUGGAUUUACUACGUCUGAGAACAAUGAUCCUCUCUCACCAGAAAGAAGAAAAAGGAAAAAGAAAAGGUUCUCUAUAGAUGCAGAAACAUCUUUAACUCAGAACAACCCUUCCAUACCAGUAGUUCUGAAUGGCAAAGACACAGACAACCAGACCACAGAGGAGGGGGCAACUCGUAAACCACGUCGGAGAACUAAGAAAACCCGACUGGCUGAGGAGGAAUUCCCAAAUGAACUGGGAGUUGAGGAUGAAGACAUAAUUCCAGAUGGGCAUACAAAGAUUCCCACGCAGAACCCUGCAUUUCUUGCUUCUUCUCUGACAAGCCAGCCAGUCGGCAAACUCUUUGUGGAGAAGAAUCGUAGGUUUCAGGCUGCAGAUCGAUCUGAAAUAAUCAAAACAACAGAACAAAUGGAUGUUUUUCUCGAUGUCAAGCCAACGUGGAGUAGCAUGGAUGUAUCACUCACAGCACACCAUAUCUUUAGGAUGGUUGGUUUAUUCUGCUGUGGAUUCCUCGCUGGUUAUGCCGUCUGGAAUAUUGUUGUUAUUUAUGUUCUUGCUGGUUCUCAACUAACAAAUCUUCCUAAUUUGCUUCAAACGUACAAGAUCUUGGCCUACCCAUCACAGUGCUUCCUUUAUUUCUUAUUGGUUCUCAGCACAGUUACGGCUUUUGAUAGGAUUGAUUUGGAAAGAGCAGCAGAUGCACUUCGUGGGCUCCUUAAACUUGACCCUGCAGCCGUGGCUUCAUUCUUUUAUUUUGUAGCACUGUUCCUGGUCCUAAGUCAACAAAUGACCAGUGACAGAAUGAACUUCUACACACCUCCAACACAAAAUGGCAGCCUAUGGCAGACAGAUACAGAAGGGCAGAUUCUUCAGCCGUGGAUCGUAAUAAAUUUAGUUGUUGCCAUCUUGGUUGGCCUGGCUUGGCUAUUUUUAUCUUGCCGUCCAGACAUAGAUCAUAGUGAAGAGGCGAUGUUUAUUCCUGAAGAGGAGGAUUAUCCAGACAUGGAAAAAGGAAUGAAGAUUCAGGGAUAAAUCAUCAGAACACUUUUACACACUCAUGAUGCCUUUUCUUGUUUUUAUAUUUUGAAUAUUUUUUUUAUAUGUUUUUAUGUUUGAAGAUUUUGAUCUAUUUUUGGACCUUUGUAUGAUGUAUAUUGUGACAUUUUUGAUAAUUUUAAAUAAAUAUUUUGUAUUCUA